AAAGCUGUGGUAAGCACUUCCUCUUUCAGCCUGAGAUCUGAAAGCAAAUCAUCAUGGCGGCCCCAGAGAAACACCCAGAUGACUGGACUCUACAGUCCUUCUCCAAAAAACCACAGAAGAGUCAGCCACACAUACUCUCUUUCUUUCUGUGGACCCAUCUCCUCUUCCUGCUCAUGGGACUAGAAGCCUCUGGAAAGGACUCAAUCCCAACAGUGGUGCCAAGGAUUGUAGGAGGCUCAGUGAAUUUCUCCCUGCCCAUUCCAGCAGACACAGAGAUUGAGCACGUCACCUGGAAUGGUCCCCAAAAUACUCUUGCUUUAGCAGUCCCUGGAGCACCUGCUUUCAUUACGGACAAAAGCUACCAGAACCGACUGAACAUCUGGAACUACUCCUUGUUUAUCAGCAACCUGACUUUGAAAGAUGCAGGAUCCUACAGAGCCCAGAUAAACUGCAAGAAUUGUAAUGUCACCACUGAUAAGGAAUUUACCCUCCAUAUCUAUGAGCAGGUGCAGGUGCCUCAAGUCAUCAUCAAGUCCGUGGACAUGUCUGAUAGUGCCUUGUGUAACGUUACCUUGACUUGCUCUGUGAAGAGGGCAGAGACAAGUGUUCUGUACAGCUGGACCUCGAAGAAUGCCCAAGCUUCUGAAUCCCAUGGGAACUCCACUAUCACCAUCUACUGGACACCAUGUGACCCAGACCUGCUCUACACCUGCACAGCCAGGAACCCAGUCAGCCAGAGCACUUCCAGCCCUGUCAGUGCCCGGCAGUUCUGUACAGCUCCAGGAGCCUCCAGAGGAGGAUCAAUGGCGAAGACAGUGGUGGGGAUCCUCGGGGAGUCAGUCACCCUCCCCCUAACACUCCCGGCCAGUCACUACGUGAAGAACGUAGUCUGGAUGUUUAACACAUCUAUUAUCACCAAAGAAUUGGGAGUGAGGUUCAAGGAUCCUGACAAGAACUCUAGCCAGGACUACUCCCUGAAGAUUGAACAGCUAAAGAUGGAGGAUGCUGGCCACUACUAUGCCUAUGUGUGCUCAAAGGCCUCCAGAGUCAUCAGCACAAAGCGUGUCACCCUGUUCAUCUACCGGAGGCUGAAGAAGCCAAAAGUUACCGGGAGCCUUGGACUCACUGAGGAUGGCGUCUGCAGGGUCAGCCUGACAUGUUCAGUGGAGGACAGUGGACACAAUGUCACAUACACAUGGACCUUCCUACAGAAAGGAACCAUCAUGUCCCAAGUGGGACCUCAUCUCAAUAUCUCUUGGACAAGUGACGAAAAUCAUCCCAACUUCACAUGUACCACCAGGAACCCUGUCAGCAACAGCUCCCAAUCAUUUCUUUCUGGUGACAUCUGCCCAGGUCAUGAGAGAAACAUGAAGCUCUACAUUGGCCUCUCCUUGGUGAUUCUCAUUCUUCUAUGCUUUGGGAACUGCAUCUGGUGCAUUUGGAAGCGAAAAAGACCACGCUCAGCCCCAGCCUCCAGCUCCAGACAAGCUGAAAGCCCAGUGGACGCACCAGGGUAUGAGAAGCUGGAUAUUCUUCUUAUGACUGCCAAGCAACGGCCGAGGCCCCCUUCUGACAGCAGCUCUGACAGCAGUGGUACAACUGAGCAGGACCAGGAGACAACAGACAUGCUCAAGGCUGGAAGACACCAGGAAGACACUGGACCUGACCUGGCUUCUGAGAAGAAAAGAGAGUAUGAUCUUCUCAUGCUGAAGAAUGCACCUGAACCUGCCGCCCAAGACAACACGGUGUAUGCGCAAGUAUUCCUCAACUUGCAGGUGAGCUCCUUGGAUCAGUCCACCUUCCCUCCUCUUACACUUCUAACAGCAUCCAAUAUCCUGGAUGACUUAGUCCCUCCAAACUGGGAGCCAGGACCAGCAGCACAUGAGCAGACAAUUGUGGCUCUACUCAUGUUUACCAAACACUGGGGUCCUUGGAGUGAAGGAGCUCAUCCUCAGCUCCCAACUUGGGCCAUUAAUAAGGGAGGUGUCAAGCAACCAGAAGCACUGUCCCCACUGCACUAAGGCAGACACCACCCUCUGUGUGAAAUCUGAGCCUGUUGGGGGGUUCCCUCUCUUUAGGGGCUGAAGGUGAAAAGCUCUCAUCUGGUGAGUAUGGAUAGCCUGAUGUUGGUCUGUUACAGGAAAAGAACGUAGUUCCUCAGCAGAAAGAGAGUUCAGCCACAAUCUACAGCUGUAUACAGACACAUCAG